CUUUGAAAAGUGAAGAAUUUUUUUGCCAAAUCUUUAACGUAACAGAGUAGCGUGUUUCUUUUCUUUUUGUGACGUUAUAAAAUCUUUUUCUAAAAUAACUCUGCGUCAAACGUAGUUGGCCAGAAGAUAUUACCAACAAAGACUUUAAUAAGAUAUAAACUGAAAAAUUCCAACUUUACUCAAAAAAGUGAUGUCGAGUUAUCCUACUCAAGCAAGUGCCCCACCUGGAAGCUACAAUUCAGGCUAUAGUCAGCCCCCUCCACCUUACGGACAGCCCGCAACAUUUCAGUACACUGGAAAUUACCAGACUACGACUGUGUUGGUGGGUGGCGGUUAUCCGAGUCUGGGCAGUAAUCCGGCAACAAUCCAGUGUCCCCACUGCAGAGCCACAGUCACUACAAGCGUCAACUAUGAGAUAGGUAUGGGUACCUGGCUGAUCGCGGGAGUAAUUUUGCUUCUUGGGUUCUGGUGCGGAUGCUGUCUCAUUCCCCUCUGCAUUGACGGGUGCAAAGACGCUGUCCACUCUUGUCCAAACUGCAACGCAUAUAUCGCAAAAAAGUCAAUGCUGUGAAAACCAAUUCAAAUCGUGAAGAAAUUUGGUUCUGAAGAAGCAACGCAACUUGAACAAAUUAACUCAUGACAACGGAAGAGAACUUGAAUUAGUUAUGUGUUUUCAAUUUUGAAUAGAUGUUUGUAGAUGUUUGUUCAAUUUUGAAUAGAUGUUUGUACUCUAACUUGUGCUUGUGUGA